UCCGCUGUUUUUUUGCUCACACUUGACUCACUCACUUUCCCUAUCUACAAUGGCGACGGCGCGUGGGAAGGGAACGGUGACGUCACUGUCGUCGACGUUCCCAGCAGAGGAAGCUCGGAAAGCCGCCGACCUCGUAAACCACACGAUUAAUGAGAAGCGCAGUGAGCUCGACAACCUCCGGAGCUUCGUCGCCGACAAUACUAACCUCAUUAAUCUCGUACAACGUCUUCCUGAUGAACUCCACCACCAUAUUCAGGUUCCGUUUGGAAAGGCAGCUUUCUUUCCCGGUCGUUUGGUUCAUACUAAUGAGUUCCUGGUUCUCCUAGGGGAGGGUUAUUUUGCCGACAGAACAGCCAAACAAACUGUUGACAUUCUUAAAAGACGAGGGCAGACGUUGGAGUCGCACGUUGAUUCUGUCAAGGCUGUGAUUAAAGAUCUCAAAGCCGAGGCCUCAUUUUUUUAUAGAACUGCCGAAGAAGCUGCAGAGGGUCUUGUGGAGAUCAGAGAAGAAUUAAGUGAUGAUGAAGAUUCUGAAGGAAGUCAGGAAAAGGAAGAUGCUGCUAGUGAGCCUGAAGUUGGUAUUGGUAGUAGUGCUGCGGUACUUGAUGAUGAAGAAUAUGCUCGUAUCAUGUCCAGAUUGGACGAACUUGAGAAAGAAGAACUUGAAGAAGAAGAAGAAGAUGAAGAUACUGAAGACCAUAGAGAUGUUACGAAUGGUGAAGAUUUCAAUAACUCGGAACAAUCAGAGGUCCAACAUCAUACCAAAGUGCUUUCUGAUAGUAUUUCUCUACCAAAUGAUGCUGAUAAAUCAAUACAUACAUACUUGAAUUUGCAGCCUAAUCAUAAAGAUGAUUGCUCUCGUGGCAAAGAUAUAUUGCAAAAAUUUGUUGAAAGACCAAUGGAGGAAGAUAAUGUCCCUUCUGUGGUGAAGACCAGUUUUCCAUCCGAGUCCAGGUCAAAAUCUGAGGUUUAUGUUCCUGCGCCUAAACCUGAAGUUGGCAAUCAAUUGUCUAGACAAGUAAAAACAGAUAGUCUCAAGGCUUUCACUGGGUCUAUCAUAGAGCGGACAGAUAAUUUACAAAUUUCUCCGGAUAGAGAACCUAUUAAUCAGCCAUCUAAUUCUCAACCUUCAAAGCCGGUAUCCAGAUUUAAGAUGCAGAGGAGGGGUGUUUAGAGGUUGAAUCGCACAGAUAAACACAGAGAUUAUUGUAAAUUGUAGAGGACACAAUGUGAUAUUUGCUCUAGAAGCGAUGACUGAUGAGCAUCACUUAGAAGUGGAAGUCUGUAAUGUUGACAAUUGCAGUUGAAGGCUUGAAGCUGUUAAUUUUGUAACAUCUGCUAUCAUUGACUCGUCUAAAAUGAUUUUUUUUUACUCCGUAUGUACAACCGGUUGUAUCUUGUGCAUGGUGUAAUUAAAGCUAUUUAAUUGUUCAUGUGCUUGUACCUUGUGAACACUCAAGAGAACAAAAAGUAGCCUGCAAGGUACAACCGGUAUAGUGAAAAUCUUCGGCCAAAAUUGUGUCAUAUCCUCAUUAGAUGAACCCCUGCAUAAACAAUAGUGACAUUCAGUUGACUGACUUGUGGGUAUGCUUAUCUGCUCAAGUCAAUUGAAUGCCCUUAGUCAAAGGUCAACUUUUGAGCAAGAUAACAACUUAAACUUCAUCUUCUCUUGACCCAAAAAUAGUUAUUCAUGGACUGAAAUUCAGACUUUUGGAUUACUUCUUU